UUCCUGUCCACCCCACAAUGUAUGGCCGGCACACGAGGCCCAGACAAAAUGGCGCCCGGAUCGCCGGGAACACUUAGCAGGACGAGCUCCACACAAGACUCCCCACGGAGAGACGCCCUCACUCAGAUGUCCGCCGAACUUGCGGCAAUCUCGGCAAAUAUGUUUUCCAGGCAGGACAAGAAAGAGCUGGUGGCAGAACUCCGCGCGGCUAUCCGGGAGGAGGUGGCUGCUGUUCGGCGUGACCUCACCGCCCUAGAACACUGG